AUGCAAUUUCAUAAGGUGGAUACCUCAAUAUGUGACUGUGUGGGGAAUAUAAACUUGUAUGAGCUUGCCCAAGUAUACUCAGAGAAGUGGCUGAACAAGAAAGUCCUCGAAAGGGACGGGGAAUUGAAGACGGUAUGCGCCUUUUGCAGUGCCGCCGAGGAUGAACACACGUCGGAAUGGAGUCUAGGCUCCCAUAUUGUGCAGUCUAGAUCUCCCGUCUUAUGCCCUAAGAUGAUUGAGUCAACCAAGUCGACGCCGCGAUUAAAGAGCAAAUCCAGCAAGUUUAGUCUGAUGAAGCUAUUCACGAAUCGUUUUAACAAAAAAGAAAAAUGUACCUCCGUGGAUGGUUGCGAGGCUCCUUCGGGCGCCACCCUAUCAGUGGAAUGCGUGGGUUUGGGGAAACCCUCGGCGACCGCCGAUUUCGCCGGGCCCCUCGUCUCCAUCGAAGAGGAAACGCCUUACGCGACGCCGCGAAGUGGCUCCCUUGGGGGCGUCAGCAACGCGCUUUUUAUGUGCACCAGCUGCGCGAUGUGUUGUUGUUUACGGCAUACGGAACUGCACAUGCAACACUCCGGCCGGGGGCGUUUGCCGGGGGUAACCGGGGAGCAUAAACGAUCCGCGCCAUCCGACGAGCGAUCCCACCAGUUUGGCUCUCACCACUGCGUGUUCGUCGCGAUCCCGCCGCAAGUGGGGACGCGGCAGAAUUCCCGUUAUGUCCUGGAUGACGUCUCCGACUUUCCCAACGUCUUCCCGACCGCUUUUAUUCGCGAAUUUGAGAACGGGGAGGCGAACCCGCGGUCGAGCUAUGAGUUCUACUCCAACGUCAAGUUGCAGUUGGAUCGGGCGUACAUGGCGAGCAUGCAAGGGAACGGGUCCUCGGUCUCGCGCGAUGACUUUUUUCUCUUUCCCACGCGAGGCGAUUUUCCUUCCCCGGAUGCGGCGAUGCAUGAGGAGAAAGGUGAGGGGCUUUGCGGCACCCUCCCCUUGGUGAACUCGGCCUCCGGUGGGGUCCAUAAACUCAAGGGCGGCGGGGACUCCAGCUCCUACCCCGAACUCCCCUCACCGCAGUUUCAUUACAGCUCCACAAGCCAAUGGAGCCUGCAGGUGCAGUGUUGGCGGUGUGCGAGCACGCCGUGCGAGCUUUCCGGUCUCGUCUACAACCACGAAGACCACCAACACCGCGUGAUGCGUCGGUUAUCCCAGUUGAUGGCGUUGUUGGCGUAUUUGCGGCAUUGCCGGGUGGGUUUGGUUUUUUCCGACCCCUUCGGAUCGCACCAGCUGUCGACCUCGACCUCCAGCAAGCGAGCCGCCUUCGCGACGGCCGAGAAACGGCUGCCGGUUUCCCUCUCGAAGAUGCAGCGGGCGCGGAAGUCGACCGAGAUGCUCGAAUACACGACGAGUUAUUAUAACGACUUGGGGGAGACCAGGGCGCGCAACGGCAGCGGCGGAGAGGCCACCCAUUCGGUUCGGAAUGCGCACCUUUCCCGGGAUGAACUCGAGAUGCUUCUGGUGCGGGCGAAAAUUAGCGGUUUCGUCAAUCCGGGGUAUUUUUGCUAUGUCAACGCCGUUCUGCAGUGUGUGCUGCGGUGCGUCUUCCUAACCCGACCCCUUCUGCGGAUGUCGCCCUCUCAAAGCCCUGGCGACCUUACCACCGCGAUGCACAACUUAAUUCGUCAUCUCGACAUGCAAACCUCAUUGGAUAUUCGCAGUGGUAGCGCCUACCACCUCGUGCGGCGGGUGUAUACCGAGAUCUGCAAAAUAUCUUCACUUUUCGAGCAAGACGAACAACAAGAUGCGCAGGAGUUUCUGCUUUGCCUGCUAAACGGCAUCGCAGAUGAGUUUGACAAGGGCCGGAGCGCCGAGGAAAAGCGAAAGUCCAAUCGCAUCAGCUUCGAAGGGGUGACGCGGACAGAUGUGGUGUGCUCGAGCUGCCAUCACACGGUCUCCCGCGAGGAGAUGUUCAUGCUUCUUUCCAUUCCAGUAAAACGGAGUAUCGCGGAAGGGAUCAAGAUGGCGCUCGCGCCCACCCGCCUUCGCGGGAAAGACCUCUACGCCUGCGAGUACUGCUUCCACCUCCUCCAACUAGAGGAGAAGGAGGCGCAUAACAAACUCGCGCGUGAGCAGAAGAAGCGGUCCCUUGCCCCGCCGUCUUCUUCGCCCUUUUCCUCGCCAUCACUUCCGCCGUUUUCACCCCCUUUGGGAAGGCGGGAGGUCGUCGAGAGUUGUGUGUAUCGCGAGGCCGAAGUCCGGCGGAGUAUCACGCGACUCGGGGGUACCCUCGCGGUGCAUCUUCUGCGUUUUCAUUACAACUCCACCGCGCGAGAUUUUAUAAAGGUAAACACCCCAGUGGAGAUCACGAUGGAGCUCGACCUCCACCCGUACGUCGGGCAGGAGGUGGCGGAACUUUACGCCAAUCAACGCCGGAUCUCACGGACGCAAGGGCUCUUCCCCACGCGCGCUGCCUGCGGCCUUCCCGCGCGAAAAUCUUCGGGAGGAAGAGGAGGGGGAGGGGGAGGGAGAACGCCUCCUGCAGCGUCGUCCACGUCAACCAUACCGCGGACGGUGCAUUCGCCGCUGUCGUUUUCGUUUUCCAAUCUCUUAGAAGCGGGGGGAGGGAGAGGGGAAGGAGAAGAAGAGGGGAAGGGCCCGAAGCGGCUGCUUUCCCUGACGAGCGCGCAGUUUGAUGCGUUUGGGGAGGGCACACGGCGCACCCCUACGCUCGUGCGGCGGCUCGUGGGGAUCCUCACUCACUAUGGAUCCCUCGAUGUCGGGCACUUCAUCGCGUACGUGCGGAGUUUAUCGGUGCCAGACGUGUGGUUUUGCUGCGAUGACGACGUCGUGGCGGUGGUAGAUGAGGAGACGGUGCGUGGAUGCUCAUCGGAGGUAUACAUGGCGUUUUACGAAUGA